CCUGCCUCCUCCUCUCCUCCCCUCCGCUUGGCUGCCUUAUCAUCGCUUCCUUGUUGCCAAACCUGCAAAGACAGGGCUGUACUGAAUGCAGCGUAAUUUUGACCCAUGUUCCAUUAGCAGAGCAGCCCUGAGGGCAAGAGACUACCGCGCUGGGCUGUAAUGCUACACUGUCCUCCAAUUCAUCCUCAACCGCUAUGGAUCUGUAACGCUGCUACCGCCUCAUCCAACAGAGCAUAAUCUGCAGUCACCUGCGACUCCGAUAGGCAAUCAAUAUUGAUAGAGUAUUUAUAAGGAUUACGGCCAUACGGCAAUACGUCGCGGGGGGGAAAGGCUGGAAUUAUGAAGCGCUGUCAACAUGUCUAAGGCCACUGUUAAGAAGCUGCACUGGCGCUCAAAAGUGCAGGAGAGCUUCGUCCCACUGGGCGGAGCCUCAGGAGAGCUCGGCGUGGCCAUUGGAGGCGGUGCAGAUUAUGGAGAAUUCCCAUUCGUUACAGCAGCACCUGGAGGUGGAGCCACAGUUGGUGACAUCAUUCUAGAAAUCGGGGGUACACCUGUCCUGGGAUUAACCUUGGGGGAUGUAAGAGGGGUUCUGAAUUCAUGUCCACAUCCCAUCCGGAUCAAAACAGUCUCACCAGGUUCAGCUCUCUGUAAAGACUUGAGGCUUUACCUAAGCAAGUGUUUUACACCUGGAUCCAUGGACAGUCAACUCCAACAGGUUAUACGAGAAAACCUCUACCUGCGGGCAGUGCCCUGUACAACAAGGCAACCACGGGAUGGAGAAAUCUCAGGGGUGGACUAUAACUUUGUUUCCAUUGAGGAAUUCUUUUCCCUGGAGGAAUCUGGAGCCCUGCUGGAAAGUGGGAAGUUCAAAGGGAACUAUUACGGCACUCCUCGGCCCGUCCACAUUGGCCCAGACAGCCCCCCCAUUACAUACCAGGAACAUCGAAACGUUCUGCGGAACUUCCGUACACGCAGCAAAUCACUCAGCAACCUGGAGAAAGCUGUGGAGGAAGGCGACAACAGUGAGGAAGACUCUGGUCUGUCAGCGGGGUCUGCAGGAGCCAGCAGCGCCCCUCCCACCACAAUUGUCUCACCUAAUCAGACUUGGGACUCAGGCGGUGGGCGGGAUGGAGGGGUUGCCAUGGAGAACGGUGCACGUGGAGGGGUCCUGCCUGAAAACUGGGAGCUGGCGUUCAGCGAGACUGGCGAACCCUAUUACAUCAACCAUAACUCAAAGACCACAAGCUGGCUGGACCCAAGAACUCAGGGCAAAGAGAUUUUCAGCAAGACCGAGUUACCUGCAUUCACAGACCAACCAUCUGAACUGAAGGGCUAUUCCAUACACACCCGCCUGUCGAAAGGGCCUCGUGGGUUUGGCUUUAACAUUGUGGGUGGCAGCAGACCUAGAGAGUUCCUGCAGGUGUACAGUGUUACCCCUGGAGGUCCAUCUGCACUCAAAACAGCUGACAUCCUGGCGUACAUCAAUGACACCUGCGUGCUUGGUCUGUCCCAUAAAGAAGUGGUAGAAAUGCUGAAAUCCGUUCCCAUGGGUCACAGCGUAGACGUUGUUCUUCGUCGAGGUUACCCCAUGCUUUACAACCCCGAUGGCUGCCCCAAAACCAGCCUAUCUUCUCCCUCUGAUCCAAAAAAAAACAAACCUACUGUCCCCGCCUAUGCUCAAACCCAGCCGCAACAUCCCGAUGGACACCAGCCUGGCAUGCUGAACCUCAGCCGCUCCAUGUCCCACCACAACAACUUUUAUCCCCGCAUGCAGAAAGAGUCUCUGGAUGCUAACGGCAACACAGCACCCCAAAAUUCCUAUUCGAUGGCUAACGGUAACGGAGUGGGAGGGACUGUAGGGUUGGGGGCAGUGCCUUCAUCAAACGGCCCUCCCCUUUCGGACAGAAUGAGCUCUAGUCACAGCGAUACAGAGGUCAGCUCUGUCGUCACACGCAGAGCAUCCCUCGUCCGAAGCUACAACCACAACUCUCUUCCAGCUCCCUCUCACGGCAAUCACAGUUCCAAGUCUUCCGAGAGCGAUAUCUCAUCUGCCACAUUACCCCUACCCCAACCUGAGGUGGGUCAGACCAUCCCUCCACCAGGGGCGCCAAACACCCAGCGACCUCUCAUGCCCCAAACAUCUCUUGCCGUUGCACCUCCAACCGAGCUCCCACCCUGCGGUUUCAAUGGGUGUCCAGCCAACAACCCCCCGCGACCUCACCCGGGUGGCCAAGGGUCACCCGGAGCCCCUGUUGGGGUAGGCUGCGGGGUAGGGGGUGAGCUGGUACCCGUGGCCUUGGGCAGGAGCGAGGGAGGGGGUAUGGGUUUCAGUGUGACGGCUGGGGGGCAGGGGGGGCAGCUUGCGGUAGUAAAGAGAGUCUGGGACAGGAGGCAAUGCCCCUCCUUACAGCCAGGGGAUGCUAUUAUUAAAAUCAAUGGCGCGGAUGUACAAAGCCUCAGCUUUGCACAGGUGCAGCGGGUGCUACAAGAACAUACCAAACAGGGUGAGGUGGUAUUACUGGUUUACAGAGGAGGUCCUCUUUGUUCACCAGGUUCUCCAAAUGCCUAUAAGAGAACUCCUCCCUCAUUGGGCACUCCUGAUCUGACCUCUCCCUCCUCCGAUGGUGCUGUAACCAGCCAGAGCAUCCUCUCACCCUCUUCGCCCUCUGGUGACCUCCCCAACCUGGUCCAGAGCACCAGCUUCCUGGACUCGGUACCCGUGACGUUGACACUAGAGCCCCGGGACUGGCUAGGGGUCGAGGACGGAAAUGGACAGUGGGGCCGAACCGCUGCUUCGAACCUAGGAGCCGUUUCCAAAAGCCAUGCAGACGGGAGGACGGCAGCUUCUUCCAGAGCAAUGGAGGUGGAGCUGAGACGGAGACCAGGAGAAGGGUUCGGGUUUGUCAUCGCCUCCUCCCAAGAUGUAGUGAACGGAUCCUCGUCUCUGAUGUGUCACAGGUUUGUGACAGUACGUAGAGGGAGCCCAGCAGCACGCAGUGGUCAGAUCCAGCCGGGGGAUCAGUUAGAGGCUGUGGAGGGCCGAUCAGUGGUCACACUGCCACACAGGGACCUGGCACAGAUCCUGCGCAGAGCCGGAAACACGCUCAGACUCACUAUUAUACCACGCUCAAACACUAACAAUAAUCUGCCUGAGUACACUGACUUUGAUCCUGAGAGCCGAUCGAGAAAAGGCCAUCGAUCCAAACAGAAGGAUUCCCAGUACUACACCCUGGAUCUAGAUAGGGGUCCAACGGGGUUUGGUUUUAGCCUGAGAGGUGGGAGUGAGUAUAACAUGGGUCUGUAUGUACUUGGCCUGAUGGAGGGCGGCCCAGCCUCUCGAAGUCAGAAAAUACAGGUGAGUGAUCAGCUCGUUGAGAUUAAUGGAGACAGCACAUCUGGAAUGACACACAGCCAGGCCGUUGAACAGAUCCGGAAGGGUGGAAUCCGGAUACACCUCGUACUGAAGAAAGGCAACGGAUACGUACCGGAUUACGACCGUGAAGCUGGGGUAACCUCCCCCUCCUCCCUCUGCUCUGAAGGGCUGCACGCAUCUGCACCAGAUCACAGUCCUCCGAGGAGCAGCGGACGGGUGGAUGACAGUGGACGAGAGAGGAGAGAGAGGAGGGGGAAGGGAAGGAGAGUGUCAGGAGGAAGGAGCAGAGGAGCAUCUGAUAGUGAGCGGGGCUGGGCGGAUGUCAGCGCGGCAGGUGGCUCCCGCAAAACAGGAAGGAGGAUAGAGCAACAGAUACGAUCACGGAGUUUACCCAGCACACUAAGGGGACGAGAGGGAGGGCGGAGAGAUGAAGACGACGAUGGAGCACGAGAGGAACGACGAAGGGCGAGACGGAAAGCGAAAGAUUUUACUUCACAGAGGGACAACAGCCUCCCAGCCGAGGGUGAGAUGGAGGGAGGAAGAGUUGGAAAAUCACAGCGAGAUAGUAGAAAGUCCAACACUCCGGAGGUUGCGCAGCAGGCGCCGUUUUCUUUCCUAAUGCCUUUAGACAAAGACGACGAUGGGACGGAUGCAGAAUCAGCUGUCAGCUUCUCUGAAGUCAGCGUUUCUGCAGCCAGCAUCUCAUUCUCGGGGACCCAUUGGCCCCGGGAGCAUGUCAGCCCUCUACUGGCCCCUGGAUCUCCAACUACAGCUCCGGGACCCUGGCUUGUCCCCAGCCCUCACAAACUCACUCAGGUUUUAGAGGGAAAAAGGAUGAGCCGGAAUAAGGGAGGACUGUGGUCCUAAUGCUAUUUCCCUUAAAGUUAUAGUUCACCCAAAAAUGAAAAUUCUGUCAUCAUUUACUCACCCUCUUGACAUUUCAAACCUGUGCGACUUUCGUUCUUCUGCAGAACACAAAAAAAGACAUUUUUAAUAAUGUUGGUAAUGGAACACCGGCGGUACCCUUUGACUUGCAUUGGUUUUGUCAAGUGAAUGGGUACCGCCGUUGUCUGGUUACCAAUAUUCUUCAAAAUAUCUUCUUUUGCGUUCUGCAGAAGAUAGAAAGUCAUACAGGUUCGGAACAACAUGACACUGAGUAAAUAAUGACAGAUUUUAAUUUUUGGUUGAACUAUUCCUUGACUUCUCUCCUCUCUCUCACAAAUGCACGCAUGCACACGUGUGCCCACACAGCCUGUGUCUCAUUCAUACAUGAGCUCUGUCUCUAUAUCUGUGGUCUUCAUUACACCAGCACCAUCCCAUCCUAAAUCCGUCUCUAUGUACUAUUGGUGUCGCUGAGAGACCAAAAGAAACUCUAGAUACUGCAGAGGUCUCCCAUCCAGGUUCAUCGAAACUUUUUUAUCUCUAUGUGGGGGCCAAGGAGAGAAAACGCUGCCGUCACGUUUUUGGCUAGCGUAACUUUAACUGCAAGGUCAGUUAGUAGGCGUCUUAUGUCCAUAGCGUCCUUCAUAGCAUGUAGUCUCCAUAUCAUUUUAUUUUGAUACUUUCCAUUUAUUUUCUUAAGAAUGCAACCAAAUUCUAUUAUAAAAAGAAUUUAUUUAAGAAAGGGUCGCUCAAUUCUGCUGAAGAUCCAUCUUUCUGGUAUGGAACUUGGAACAUGUGCGGGACAGAGCGACUCUUGAUUUAAGAGAUUUUAUUAGCUGCUUGCUGUUUGAGAAUGGACUGUAACCCCUCCCCUCCUGUGAGCGGUGGUCUUGCGGUUGAAAGAGGAGGGAAGGACGAUAACAGAACUUAAGUUUUAUUAUAAGGCCAGCGAGCCGUAUCAAACCUCUCCAGGUGCCUUCUGCUUCUUUAGCCAGUGUUUACCAAAAAAAAUUUCAGAUAAACAAGUUAAAGAACAUAAGACGUAGCAUAGUAGAAAAUGUGCAACACAAUACUGUUCUGCCUCUUUAACAUCUAUAUCUUUGCAAGACUUGGUUCACAAGUUGGGGAAAUAUUCUGCACACGCUUCAGCUAAGUGAGUCAAAGCGAAAGAGAGCCAUUACAAGUGCCUCAUGCGAUAUUCCUUUAUACGAGACAUAGACUUCCCUUGAGCUCAGAAUCAGGACCCGAAGUUUUGAUUUUCCAUGUGUUCGUUUGCUUUCCGAUUUAAUACUCCAGACCCAUUUCAUUGCCCACGACAUUUCAGAGAAAAAAAUUACGAAAAUGACAAAGUGAAGGCCAAUCGGUCCUCACGCUCUCCGCCAAUCAGCACUGAGCAUCACGCGGAAUCUUCAUUUCAGGAGACGAACAAACAAAAAAGGACAAAAGAUUAAAGGGCAUUUUGAUACAUGCUUCUAUGCAUUUUGUAAGACUUAAUGGUCAAAAAUUGUGGUAGGAUUUUUCUACCUAAGAUAUGAGAUUCGUAAUUUUGUGUACUAUUAAAUACACAGGCAGGUUGGCGAGUCGAAACCGAACACUAAAGGGAAGGCUUUCUGAGAUCCGGCGAUAAUCAGACAUGCUGUACCACCAGCUUAUGCAUUGAUCUUUACCUCAGAACUGCCUGAGCAAUAAGUGCUAUCUCUUUCUGUUGUGUUUCACACCCGGCAAAGCUCUAGAAAGGCUCAUUGGAAAGCCGUGCAUGCACAGUAAAAUCUUUUGUGAUAAAUUACCAGGGAUGAAAAGCUUUGAUACGACAGUAUUUUAUCAAGCAGAAAUCUGUCAAAGUUAGUUCAGCGUUAUCCUUUGGUAGGGUUAGUUUAUCACUGGGCGAUCUUACUGUGCUGUAACAUAUCAAUAAAUGCUUACGUAGAAAAUCACACAUACUGUAAAUUAUUUUGCCAUACGCAGCCUGUAAGCAGAUUUGGAAAAGCGAUAUGUGUUUGUACACGUUAAAUCAGGUUUCUUAAAUGCGUAUUACACAGCGUUCAGCUGUGCAUCUGAGGUUUAAUCUUAAUUUCAUUGCUCUCGGAAUCCUCAACCAGCCUGAAUCUUAAUGUUGACUUGGUACCUGAUUAUCCCUUUGGCUUUAGAACUGAAAUGACCCCUUGUAAAUUAUUGCUUUUUUUCAGUUUGUUGUUUUUAUUGAUGGGGGAUGGUUUUCUUUUAUGUUAAUACUGUAGCAUUGCCCUUAUUGUAGCAGAUUUUGAGAAGCAAGCUUAUUGUAAAUAAUGAUAGACCCUGCGUUUUUUUAACUGAAGUGUAUUCCCCAAACCCCAAAUGUGUCACAUAUCAGAAAUCCAGCACUGUCAGCUGAUUCACAGUAUUUCCUCUGUGUUCCUGACACAUGUGCUGCAUUUUAAAACAAGGUGCCCACUGGCUUGGCAAGAAGCUUGAUUAUAUAAAAUAAUUCUUAUAAUAAUUGAAUCUUGCAUGUUUGUAGUGAAUAUACUAUUUUAAUAGCACUGGCCCUUACCAUACAUACAACCCCUCGAUGGCAUGAUACUUUAUUCCACAACCCAGAAGUCCAGACACAAACAAAAUGGCCCGUGGUCAUGUUUUACAGAACAUCUGUUGCCAGUUUCUUAUUAAUGAAAUAAUGGCAUCUGAUCUGAUGGUUUUACUGCCCCCUAGUGCCCAUUUCACAUACUGUGGGUUAGCUAGUAGGCUAAUGGUACUCUUUUAGCUGAUAUAACAACACCACGUUAGAAGACAGAUUUAGAGAUGCAAAGAUAACAGCAUGCCAACCAAAUAUGCCCCCCCCCAUAGGUUUCCUUAACUGGAGACAGUGUAGACCCGUAGAUGUUCAAUAGGCGGUCAGAGAAGUAGUCUCAAAAAUGAGCCAUACUCUGAGCCAACCAGUAUAUUAACACAACGAUGCAAUGUUUUUUUUAUAAGUGUAAGGUUGCUAGCAGUGCUAAUGUGCCAUUUAAAUGCUAAUCAAUGAUGUCAUACUCUUUCCCUCUGCUGAGAAAAAUACAGAUGGGUCUUUGUCCCACUGAGUUUGACACUUUUGAAAUGUCAGAACGUGAAUGGAGUGUUUCAGCUUUGAAUUUUCAAUUUGAAUUUGCUAUAAUGGCCUUGUUAGGAGUCAGCCAUUGUAUAAAGCAAGAACAUUUUUAUUGGUGAAAAGGAAUGAUGAGAAUGUUGAAGGUGUAGUUCACCCAAAUAUGAAAAUUGUUACAAUUUAUUCAGCCUCGCAUGACCUUCCUUCUUUCGUGGAGCAUGAUUAUAGCAGAAUUUCCAGGCUCAUUUUGUUCAUAUAGUGGAAGUGAAUAGUGACUACAGCUGUCAAGCAAGAUUAUUAGUGAAUAACGACUUCAAUUUUACACAAGGUUGUCAUAUGGGGACUUGGAAAUCAGUGCACUAAUGGCAUGGACUAUAUUUAUGAUGUGUUACCGUAUGGAUGUUUUGAGGGGGGCUUUAGUUGACAGCACCAGUCUCCAUCUACUUCCAUUGUAUGAAUAAGAGCUGAUGAAACAUUUAGUUUAUUAGUGAAUAACUACUUAAAUUUUACACAAGAUAAUCGUAAGGGGACUUGGAAUUCAUGCACAGAUCAUAUGGACUAUACAUUUAUAUAUUUCUGAUGCUUUUACAGUAUGGUCCUUUUUUGGAGGCUUGACAGUCUCUAGUCCCCAUCUACUUCCAUUGUAUUGAUGAGAGCUGAUGGGACAUUCUGCUUAACUCCUCCUUUAGUGUUCCACUGAAGAACGAAAAACGUACAUGUUUGGAAUAACAUGAGGGUGAGUAAAUACUGACAGACUUGUCAUUUUUGGGUGAACUGUGCCUUUAAAUUAAAUCUUUAUAUUAGUCCUCAAGCUCAGCCCACGGUGAUGAGAGCAGAGGACAUUCUGUCGUGUAAAGGAAGUAACCGGUGCACCAGGAGUGAACAGAGUUUUACCUCAAUGAGACGGCAGUCAAAUCUGAAUUCUUUUUUCCCCAUUGGUGCUGAUUCUCCAACUGGCUUGAAGCAGUCAUUUUGCUUUCCUCCAUCCAGUUCACAUGGAGAUCACAAGGCAGCGUUUGUUAAAACACCGCAAGUGUUCAGAUGGGGCUAAAAGAUCAUCUGUCAACUCCUGUGUAAGGUUCCACCACCUUUACAACAUAAUCGUCCUCUUCUUCAUUUCGACCUGGUAGUGUAGAAUAGACGACGAGGAAGCAGGCAGCGGUGUGUUGCAGGAUUUUUACCCGCUGGAUCUAAAAGCGAUCUUCCCGAGACCUCGAGCCGUACGAGUAGCCGUUAUUUUAUUGGCGCCCUCUGCAGGGAAGAUGCUGAGUGUGUAAAUAGCAGUCCAUAAGGGGACACCUUAAACACAGAUGUACAGGUUUUUAAUUGUUGCUCUUGAUAUGUAUGAAGAUAUACUGUAUUGUUUUUGAAUGCAUCAACAGGGAGUUUUGAAUUAUGAAUAAUGACAUGCAGUUAAAGAAAUAAAACAAAUAAAAUUGAUUAAAAGACGUGUUUCUUUAUUUUCACUCUCUUUAUGAGCGCCACAGCACAAAUCUAUAUAUAUGUAUGUACCAUUGAAUAUGGUUUCCGAUGAUAAUUUUAUUUCCAUAUUCCAAGCGAUUGAAUGGGACCUGAUUAUCUUUAGAUUCUUAUAGGUAUAAGAACCUUUUUGUAGGAGAUGCUAGUAUAAACCAUGCUAAUCAUCUUGGAAAUUCAAGCUUUUUCUUUUAUAAAGUGCACAUGCACAUCACCAAACCACUUGGAGAAAAACUCCUACGUGUACAAUAUACAACAUCCUACCUAUACACCACGCACAGUACGGCAGGGAAAAUGAUCGCUCUUGUGUUUUAAAUCACACAACAUUUGGGCCUACAGCGCACAGACAUCUUCUAAAACCAAGCAGGCUAUCUCACUGUCCAAUGCUUACCUAAGGCAGGACAUAAAUUGAAAUAGAACCUAAUAAGUGGCUCAUUUAGAUCUCUCUUUAUAGGCACAAACACACAGGGAUGGCAAAGUCACUUGCAUGUGGUGCCCAAAAAAUAUUGUGGUGAAAUAGGUUAUACUCAAUCAAGUGAUGCUCAAACAGACUUUUUUGUUAGUUUUUUUAAAGCUUAAAUAUUUUUAUUUAACAUUUCAAUUCAGUUCUAAAUGUUCUAUUUGUUGUAAUGUUUGUGUGGUGAUCAAACUGAGAAAACUGAAAGUUCGUCUGGAUACCAUACAUCUUGCAAAAUGGUCUAUAGACACAAAAAAUUUAAAACACACACAAUUAUUGGAUGAAAUAACCACAUAACUUUUACAAUAAAGUACAUUUUAUACUUUUUUAUUUUCAAUGAGUUUUAGCACAAACCGUUAACAAAAAUUACUCUGUAACUGCACCGUUUUGAGCAAAUAGCUACUAAAUUUGCUCAAUCUCACAAACUCAUUCAUUACUGGCAUAAAUUAAAAUUAAUUUGUACUAUGAUCAUCACACUUUCCCUUUCUAAAUGUCUGAGCAGAAUAACACGAGAAGGCUUCUCUGGCUCCUCUCUUUUCUAA